CUACUGUCGUAAUUUUUCAAGAAUAAAACCUUGACACACUACUAUCCUAUACGCAAUACUUGGUGUAAAAAGUUAAAGAACCGCUCUCAAAAACAACUCGAGGAUGUCCUUGUGUCAUUCCGAAGUCUGGCAGCGUUGUGCAGCUGCAGCACCCCCCCCCCGCCCCCCACUCCUCUCGCGCGCGUGCAAUGUUGUGCUGCGGUGGCUUCCGUCUUCCCGGCGCCCUCUGUCCCCUCCCACUGGCGUCACACAACUCGACCUGCAGGUGAACAGUUCAUUCGCAGCGUCCCUCUCCUCCCCAUCGCUCCUCAAGAAGGCGCGCACACACACGCCAGCCAGCCAGCCAGCCGGGCGGGCGGCUGUCUGCUUUUGAGGGGGUCGUACAAUGGUGCGCCGCGCAGCCCAAGCGAGCCGAGUUGCGCUUUGAGACCCGACCCGCCAAGGAGGAUUGCGCGCGGUCCGAGCUAGGGGACGAGCGUGGAUGCAGAAGCUAACGUGGACAAGAGGUGACGACUGUUUGAACAGGCGGCAGCUGCUUGGGCGUCAAGCUCUCCUUCCAGCAUCGCUUGCUCCAAAAGCUGACAUGUGUAAGCCAAGCCAGACGGCAAGCUGAGACUCAGCCCCGAGGCUAAAAAGCAGGAUGCGUCCCAUCGCGUCGCAUCUCUCGAGCCAGAGUAGCGUUAACCCCGCGGCCGCAGCCCUGCUCCUCUCCCUAUGUCUCGGCUCCCUUCCCCGAGCCCUCACGUGCCCGCCCGGCUGCAUUUGCGCCAGCGAUAUCAUUUCUUGCGGUGGCUGCAAUCUGUCUGCGCCGCCCCCCGACCUCCCGGGCUACGCCACGCGCUUAGACCUGAGCCACAAUUCCCUGACUGCGCUGCCCGCCGAUUGGAUAACGCGGCCGUUCGAGCGGCUCGCCGCUCUGCUCCUCGGCCGCAAUCGCAUCGUCCAAAUUGAGGCCAAAGCUUUCGCGGCGGUGCCUCGUCUCCUCCACUUGGACCUCUCAUCCAACAAACUAUCAGCGCUCAAUUCUUCGAUCUUUACCGGCCUCACGGAGCUAAGAGAGCUGCUGCUGUUUGGGAACCAGAUUGGCCAAAUCAGUCCUGACUCCUUCCGUGGUCUCCGCAGCCUAGUGAAACUUUACCUGUCUGGGAACAGGCUGACAUCGCUCCCUCCAAGUCUUUGGGACGAAGGAGGGCCUCUCAACCUGACCUUUCUUGACGUGUCAUCCAAUGGGAUCGCCAGUGUGCAUGUUCACACGCUGCUUUCGCUGAGCCGACGCGCUGGAAUUUAUUUGCAGGGAAACCCUCUCACAUGUGACUGCGCUUUACUGGCUCUGCUCGAGUACUGGACUUGGAAGCAGUACCGCCCCCUGUUGGACUUUAAAGAUGACUACCCGUGUCGGGACAGCGUUGGUCCAAAGCUGAAUUGCAGCCUGGACGGGGAGUGGUCCGCCGAGGCCGGAAGCUACCAAGUGGAUCCGGGUAAAUGGUUGUGGUUGACGUGUCCCGGUUUUGCCUCGCCGCUAAAGGAUCCAGAUGUGUUCUGGGUGACCCCCGCGACAGUCCUGAAUCUAUCGGCAUACGAUCCAAGCGCUCACCAAGCGGUCCUCCCGAAUGGCACCCUGGAGAUAAGAGGAGCGUUGUUGGAGGAUUCAGGGGCGUACGCGUGCGUGGCGCCCCGCGGGCGCCGGUACGACCCCGACGCGUCACCCGAGGUCAACGUGGUCGUGGGAAACGUGAGCUCCGUCGCCACCGGUGGCUUGGCCCAUCGUGGCGGAGGCGAGCAUUUCAACACGGCUUUCACCACCCUGGCUUCCUGCGUGGUCAGCAUCAUACUGGUGCUCCUCUACCUCUACUUGACGCCGUGCCGGUGCCGGGAAAACACGGGCGGCGUCUCGGGAGGGUGCGGGGGACGAGCGAUCGUCCUCUGUUCGGACCCCAGGGAAGUCGAGUCGGGCCAGCGGCGGUCCAAUGGGAAAAGGGUCGCGUUCUUGGAGCCCCAAGUGGAGGACUGUGAUAGCACCGGUGCCAAAUCACCGGUGAUCAACACGGGUCAUGCCACCACUGAGGGAAUUCUUAAAAACGGGAGCAGAACAGUGGGACAGACUCUCACGGACACAGCCCUCUUGGCAUAACAAAACAUCAUCGUCAUUCCGUCUCGGAUGAAAAUAUACACGGGUCAGAAAACAUGAGGGACGGUCGGCUUUUGGGUGACAUUUCAGGAUGAGCCUGAAAUACGCAAACCUUUUUCAAACAGUCAUCCCAUCGAUUAAUCGAGUCAUUCUAUACACUGUCCAGUGAUAUUGAGAAGCACAGGUAGUAUUGUUGUCCACUUGACUUGAAGUGUGUGGUUUCUGUGUGGGUGUGGCUUAAAAGCUCGAGCCUGAAGUGGUGAGUGACGUGGGUGUCAGCCAAUGUGCUUGUCGUGUUUUGAGCUCAGGCUAACCGUUAGCCUGCACGUCAGUUGUCGCUUGUCUGUGAAUCUGCUUAUGAUGCGUUUAUUUGGUCGCUUGCUCCUUAAAGCGAUUGAAAAGUCCAACACCGGCUGUGUUUAUGCUUGCCCACUCGUGGAGGCAUUAAAAUAUGUUCGUUCCUUCUGGCAUCUCAUCGAAUUAUUCAUGUUCGCCUUUUAUACAUUCGAGCAUUUUAGGUUCAUCCUGAAAUAUCACCCAAAAGUACUUUUUUGAAGAGUGUAUAUUUAUAUGGAGACUCCAUCUGGUAAUGUGACAGAAACCACAGCAGAGAUCUCAAAGAUGAUCGCAACGCAUGCGACGGAACGGUCACGCUCGAGUCGAUAACGGCGCCGCCCCAGUGUAGCUCAUUGUCAGGUCUGACUGACUUUUACUAAUUAAGACGUGUCGCGCUGUGCAAACACACAGCGCAGAAACCAAUCCGAGCUUGAUUUAUUACAAACCAAGCCGUGUCUGCUGCAUCUCCGAGUUAUUUUAAAUGGCGAGAGGACUACGGUUGCUAUUGUGAUGGAAUUUUCCGGAGGAGUUAAUUCACGCACCUUUAUAUCUGUACUGUAUAGUGUCGUUGUUUCGUGAGAUGUACCAACCCGACGCGGUAAGUAAGCGGCAUCGUGAGAGGUCUGAUUGUUAUCAGAACGCACAUAUUAGCAUGCAUAAUUGUAAUACCCUCGUCAACAUUACUGUAAUCUUAUCGAAUGCCCAUAUUUUUUUUAAAUGGUCUCAAAGUGCAUCAUCAUUAAAAAUGACUUCAAAUCUACUAAAUACUAAACCGAAACUCUAACAACCUCAAGUGGCUAUAAAAAGUUUACACACCCCUGUUCAAAUGAAAGUUUUUGAUUUUGUUUGUUGCUUUGGUGCCAACACCGACUGCUAUUUUGAAAUGUUCACACCUUAUGUCAGGCCCAAGUGCCAAAAUUUUGUCUGCGCCAAAGCUACAUUUUGGGUUUGUGGCCAAAACGUUCCACUUUGGUUUCAUCGGGCCAUAUCAAAAUCUCCCAAACACAUGCAGCAAAAUGAUCUGAUGAAGUUAUACGUUUUCAGAAUGGUGCACAAAAAAAAAACAAAAAAAUCACCCAAAAAUAAUGUUUUAU